UCUAAUGAGUGAUGACAAAACUCCUGCCUAUAAAUUGGCAUGAGAGCCCCCCUCUCAAACAUUUCAAACUCCUCCUCUCCUAGUCAACAACCCCAAAAAUCUCUCUCUCUCUCUCUUAAAAUCCCACCUUCCAGUUUCUUCUCUCUCUCUUUAAAAAUCCCCCCUUCCAGUUUGCUUCUCUCUCUCUCUCUCUGUAAAUCCCCCCAUAUUUGUAAGAGUAAAUGGUUGUAUAAACCAUGGCAAAAAACCUACCUCCAGGCUUUAGAUUUCAUCCUACUGAUGAAGAACUCAUCCUUCACUAUCUUAGGAAUAGAGCUGCAUCCAACCCAUGUCCUGUAUCCAUCAUUGCGGAAGUUGAUAUCUACAAGUUCGAUCCAUGGGAUCUCCCUGCAAAAGCAGCAUUUGGGGAGAGAGAGUGGUAUUUCUUCAGCCCAAGGGAUAGGAAGUACCCAAAUGGAGAGAGGCCCAACAGGGCUGCAGCUUCUGGGUAUUGGAAGGCAACCGGCACUGAUAAACCCAUUGUUCGGAGCAGCAGCAAUAACAAUAACAACCACAACAACGAGGGUAAGGCAAUAAUAGGGGUGAAGAAGGCUUUGGUCUUUUACAAGGGGCGCCCUCCGAAGGGCAUUAAGACCAACUGGAUCAUGCAUGAGUACAGGCUCAAUGACCCCAAAUCAAGGCCUUCAAUCCUCAAACUCAAAGGCUCCAUGAGGUUGGAUGAAUGGGUGUUGUGCCGCAUCUACAAGAAGAGCUAUCAAAUGCAAGAAAAGAACAUGAUAGAGCCUGAACAUCAAGAAGAGGAACCAACCCUUGAAGAUGUGUUGUCUUCCUUACCAAGCAUCACCAGCCAGCCCUCGCUGAAGAUCCCUAGAUCAGCUUCUUUCACUCAAUUCUUGGAGACAGUAGACCAAUCAAUGCUUUCGCGUCUCAUAUUCGGGACCACCAAUGAUUCUUCCGAAGAAUCCGAGCCUACAAACCCCAUUAACAAUAGCAAAAAUCACCACCACAGCAACAUUGACAUCAGCAACAGCAACAACAAAUACCAAUCUCCACUAGAAACAUCAUCUCUAGCAACUGCUCCGCAACCAGAGAUCGAGCAAAAAAGACCUUAUUCCAUGAUGGCUAACGGCCCAAAUGAUGGUUUUCUCCCUUCAAAGAGACCUAACCUUUCCAUGAACAAUACUAACUUCAAAGAACACCUUCUGGUUCCUCAGUACCAAUUCCAUAGCUCUGGAGCACCAUACCAGCUGAGCCAACAAACAUUUUUCAAUAACCACAUACUGCUCAAUCCUCUACUCGAGUUUCAAUAAGAGCAAAUGUGCAUAUUCUACAAAAUAAAACAAGGAAUUUCUCAAUGCCGUCCUAUUUAGGUCGGCAGUUGUGAAGCUGAAAAAUUAGAGCUCUUCCAAGGGGUCAUCCAUUCAAGUACCAUUCACUUACAUGAGCACUUAUUCUCAAUUAUGAUGGUGCUGGUCUACCUGCUGUUCAUCAGCUACACAUUAGUGUAGAAGAGUAUUGGUACAUGGAUAGAUAUGAUCUAUGCACCACCGGACGCCGGGAUGAUGGUGGAACAUCAGAUGUCGAAUCCAUGUGUUUGGGCCUCAUGGUGGAUUUUUGAGAUUAUAUAGUCAUGAGACAUGUACCAAUAUGUUUUAAUAUGUUAUGGUUGCCGUGUUGUGCAGUGAGGAAUGAAGGUUAAUGUGUAUUUUGGCCAGGGUGGAUUUAGGUUGAAUGCCAUUGCACAAAUCGCAAUGGUGUUUUAUAAACGUAGAAAACUCUUAGGGGCUGCUUUUGCUACUUCCGGGUAUUGCUCGAAGGGGUAGAUCCGAUACUGAAGAGCAGCUCUGUAUAUUUGUAUUUUGUUUAGUUAGGACUUCAUGGGAUUGGAAUUUGUAACUCUAUUCAUUCGAUCCAAGAUUGAAUUUAAUUUCGCAUUUCUUUUUCACCAUUCAUUCGCCCUUCUCUUUGUUAGCAUUACAUAUGUAUCAUGUAUUUCAAUACACAUCAUUAUGGAUAUGUAGUUGGUAUCUAUCCAUAACUGUUA